AUGAGCGGAACUCGUCGACGCAUCAAACGUCCUCAUGCCCACGUCGACGACAUCCUCCCUCCUGCAGUCGCCAUCACUCAAGCGGUCGUUGUCGAGCGAGAAGGUCCUGCCCAAUACUCAGUACCUUUGACGCACCGUGAAGACGACUCUCCUGCGAAGAAGAAACCACGUCUCGCAAGCCCUCCCGCACAAGGCCCGAGCAAACCUCUGUCAGCGAACCCACAGGCGAGCAGCGGGACACCCGGUGCUUCGUCGAAAUCAGGGGAGAAGCGUACGGUCAAAAAUGGCAUCUCGAAGACCUUGGAAGAGUGGAAGCCGCGAUUCUCCCGUAUCCUCGACGACAUCCUCGCCGCCGAGGUCCCUUCAGGGAUAGGCUCGCAGUGCGCUUGCGGAAAGGCACAAGCGACGGUGCGGUGCCGGGACUGCCUGCAGGCGCCCCUGCAAUGCUGCGCAUGCCUCGUCUCGUCGCACGUCCGCAACCCCUUCCAUUGGAUCGACAAGUGGACCGGCCGCUUCCUUGAGAAGGAGGACCUCAGCAAUAUCGGCUUGGUCGUUCAUUUGGGCCAUAACGGUGAACCCUGUCGGUAUCUUCGUGCCAGCUCGACCCCCAUCACCUACACGAUUACUCAUACCAACGGUAUACAUCGCGUACGCCUCCACGAAUGUCAUUGUCCCUACAAGCUCGAUACAGUGUCUCAGCUCCUCCGUGCCGGCCUCUUCCCCGCGACUCUGGAGCGCCCGGAAAGCGCGUUCACCUUCGACGUGCUCAGGCAAUGGGACCUUCAUUUCCUGGCGUCAAAGAAAGGUGCCUAUGACUUCUUCGAAGCCUUGCGUCGGCUCACCGACAACUCGGGCACACGCCCUGUCAAGAGCCGAUAUCGCGAACUCAAUCUCAUAGGACGCAUCUGGCAACACCUGGUCGCGGAGAAAAGGGCCGGUCUCCAUCAUGGCCUCGAACUUCCCAAUCGACGGGCCUCUACGACGGUCCCAUGUUUUGCAUGCCCAUGGCCGAACUUCAACAUGCCUGCAAAUUGGAAAGAUACUCCGCAGGAUCUCGCAUAUAUCCACGCGUGCGAGCUCGGAGGCGACGGCAACCAUGGCUUCAGAAAAAGCGCAAACAUGAAGACGUACCUUGACGAGAUCGCCUCCGAGCCAGCCCCCGAGACCUGCAGUGGGUUCAAAGUCGGACGGGCCCAACGGCCAGGCAAGUUCCGCAACUUGGAGGUCAGCGGUGUCGUAGCGGUGAUAUGCAUACGGCAUGGGUGCUUCCGGCCGGGGGCCAUGGUGGACCUCCAGAAAGGCGAACGAUAUGGACAUAUGGACUUCGCGCUCGCAGGAGCCCUCGAGGGUCUCGACGAACUCCUGCACUUUAUAUUCACGUACGAUGUCGUCUGCAUAUACGGCGUGAACCUACGCAAACGCUUCGGUGAGCGGUUUCCGCAUCUGGUUCCUCUCCUCGAGCGCAUGCAGCUGCUGUUACCGAAGCUCCACAUGCUCGCGCACAAGGAGCUUUGUCAGAUUGUGUACGCCCUCUGCUACUCGUGGGGUGCGGGUCUUUCACACGGAGAGAGCGUCGAGCAUCCGUGGGCGGAGCACAACCAGGUCGGACUCAGCACUCGUGAGAUGGGUCCCGGACACCGCCACGACGCCCUCAACGCCAUUCACAAUUACUGGAACUGGUGUAAAAUGGAGUCCGCUGCAUCGUUCCUCGCGAGAAAACUCCGCGAAGCCUUCGCCUUACAGGAGCAUAAGACGUCGCUUUACAACGCGCUCACGGAGCUUGCAGGAAACAAGGUGGUGGAGUGGAAGAAGCUGGACGUGGCCGAACCGGUCUCACUAUCGACAGAGGCGAAGAAGGCGAAGACGAAGACGAAACCGAAGCGAUCGAGCAAGGGCAAGAAGGCUGAACCUCAGCCUCUUCAGAGCGUGUACAUGCUCGAUGAAAGUAAAGUUCCAAGCGCAGGGAAGGUGUAUGAAGACCUCGUGAAGAUGGAAAUCACACCCAAGGGGAAGUUCGCGGCCGCAGCAGCAGACAAGGUACCACAGGGGACGACAAACUUCUUCAUUAAGGCACUGGAUCUUGAGAAGCGACAGUACGAACUUCGUACGAAACUCAAGAAGGCGUUAAGAGGCCAUGCCGAACUGGUGGAGGACGACUCGGGGGUCGCUGGAGUCGGCACCGAGCGACGUGUGCUACGUCGUGAAUUGGAGAAGUGGCGCGACCUUCAGAGCUCGCUCAUGCCUCACAUCAACUUCCCAGACGUCGACGGCGACGACGGCGAUGACGACGAUCACGACGACGACGACGACGACGGGGGUAGCGGUCGGCCUGAAGACGAGCCUCUCGCCCUCCCAUCCGACUUCUCGGCAGCUGAGCGCAACACGCUCGGCCUGGAGGCGCAGGCGGUCUUCGAACGCCGUGUUCGACAUGGCCGUGCGUACGACCUUCUCGCUGCAGUCAAAGAGUCUAUCAAUCACCAGGGCGCAUUCCUCGAGGACAAACAAAAGCACGCGCGUGGUCAGAAAGACAACACUCGCUCUCAAAAGCAGGUGUCCAACGCGACCGCACGCACGCGCAUGCUGGCCGGGCUCUACAAUUACAACCGCGACCGCCUCAUUGCAUUGAGCGAUGGCAUUGCGGAGGACGUCCUACAGGCGAUCAACAUGGAAACGGACCUCAAGAGUAAGAAUUGGCGCAAGCCGCGACAGCAAGGGGACAGCCGCGAAGAACGGGCAUGGAUCUGGACGGUCGUCCCCCGUGGACGACCGAAGACGAUGCGGAAGCAUGGGAACUCGAAGGCGAGUGGUUCGUCUAUCCCAAUUGCUAGUACUAACAACUCGCUACUAGUCGACCGGGUACAAUGGUUCCGCGCUCGGGCGGAGGUGAAGCGAGUGAACGAGGAAAUCAACAAGCUUCAUGCCGAGUUCAAGAGGACGAUCCUCGGUUUCAAGAACAUGUCUAGAGCUUGGGAACAGGUCUCGGCGAAGGCAGGGUUGUCCGAUGGGGCGAGAGCGUAUGCGCUGAGGAAAGUGAAUAUGUUCAACAAGCUAAGCGUCCAAUGCGCGGACGUUUUCGGGACUACACGAAAGGAUGCCGCAGAGAAGUGGGACUACUCGAUUUCCUCAAGUACAUCCACGCCAGCUGACACCGGCCAGGGGAAGGGGAAGGAGAAGGAGUAG